ACACAGUGUGGCGGUAGUAAUCAACCAACAACACUCUAGAGUACACGUGUGGAACGUCAAGGAGUGUUAAUGAUCUUGUUUUUUAAUAGUAAAUUUGAAGGAAAAUGAGUGACCGUAAUAGGAACCAGUUGCCUAAUAAUCUGCCACAGCUGCAGAACUUGAUAAAAAGAGAUCCAGAAUCAUAUAAGGAGGAGUUUUAUCAGCAACAUCGCCAUUACAAGUCCAACCUUCAAAUCUUCCACUUGAAACCUUCACAGUAUUCGAAGUCUUUACAUGAGCUUGUCAUGUUUCAUUGUCAGAUUGCACAUUGCUAUCAGACAGAUUUGAGCAAUUUACCUCAAGAACUUAUUGAGCUUCUUCAGAAACAUAGCACAGUUCUUGAUCCAGAAAUGAGAAUGGUCUUUUGCAAAGGAUUGAUCUUGCUUCGUAACAAAAAUCUGAUCAUGCCGAAUACUUUACUUGAACUGUUUUUUGAACUGUUGAGAUGUCAGGACAAACUCCUGAGAAAAACACUCUACAGCUACAUAGUACAGGAUAUCAGAUCAAUAAAUGCUAAACAUAAAAAUAAUAAAGUGAACACAUCUCUGCAGAAUUUUAUUUAUACAAUGCUGAGGGAUAGUAAUGUAACAGCAGCGAAAACGUCUUUAGAUAUUAUGAUAGAAUUGUACAGAAGAAAUAUAUGGAAGGAUGAGAAAACUGUUAAUGUAAUUGUAACAGCGUGCUUUUCUAAAGUCACAAAGAUUCUUGUGGCUGCUCUUAAGUUCUUUCUUGGUUCAGAUGAUGACGAUGGCAAAGAAAGUGAUAGUGAAUCAGAGGAUGAAGGUACAACAGCAAAGCAGGUAAUGUUGGCACAGAAAGUAAACAAGAAAACAAGAAAGAGAAUGAAACAGACGAGUAAAGCCCUGAAAGUAAUCAACAAACACAAGAAGAAAAAGAAAGCAGAGCUUUUCAAUUUCUCAGCUAUUCAUCUUGUCCAUGAUCCACAAAGCUUUGCAGAGAGGUUAUUUAAAAAUCUUGAAGGUAGUAAUGAGCGAUUUGAAGUAAAACUAAUGAUGAUGAAUCUCAUCUCGCGUCUUGUCGGCAUCCAUCAACUAUUCCUCUUCAACUUUUAUCCUUUCCUCCAGCGCUUCAUUCAGCCACAUCAAAAGGAGGUGACAAAACUGUUGCUGUACUCUGCCCAAGCAAGCCAUGAGCUAGUCCCACCUGAAAUCAUCCAGUCGCUGAUUAUGACGCUUGUUAACAACUUCGUAACAGAGAGAAAUUCAAAUGAAGUAAUGGCAGUAGGGCUAAAUGCUGUCAGGGAAGUCUGUGCAAGAUGUCCUCUAGCUAUGACCUCUGACCUCUUGAUUGACCUUGCUCAGUACAAGAAUUACAAGAAUAAGUCUGUGAUGGCAGCAGCAAGGUCACUAAUUGGUUUAUUCCGGAGUGUGAAUCCAGAGUUAUUGCACCGCAAGGACCGGGGUAAGCCCACAGAGCACAGCAUGGAUAUUCAGGCCAAAGAGUAUGGGGAGCUUGUGGCCCCUAACUUCAUCCCAGGGGCUGAAGUAUUGAAGGACUCAUCUGAGCUUCAAGAUGCUGAAAGAGAACAAGCUGAUUGGGAAAGCUGCAGCGAGUCAGGAGACGACAGUGAUGGCAGUUGGCAUGAUGUCAUUCAUUCAGAUGAUGAUGCUGGCAAAGAUGAUGAAAAAGAGGGCAGCAUUGUAGAUAGUUUGACAUUAGAAGAAAGGCAAGCAAGAGCUUCUGAGAUUAGCAAAUCAAGGCUGUUAACACAGGAAGAAUUCAAGGAAAUUAGAAUAAAACAAAUGAAGCGAGAGAUAGAGGGAGCAAAAGUCACAAAGGGAAAGAAAAGAAAACUGAACAAUUCAAUAGAAGAAGAAUCCAGUGGAGAAAUUCUGUCGCUUAAUAGAAUUGAGUCAAUCAAAUACCGACCUCGGCAUGAUAAAGAAUCCAGGCUUGCAACAGUUAUGAGUGGUAGAGAAGGAAGAGAGAAGUUCAGACAGCAGAAAAGAAGACACAAUCCAAAUGCUAGCACAAGCAAUAAAGAAAAACAGAAAAAGAAACCCUUCAUGAUGGUAAAACAAAAAAGAAAUAUCAAAGGAAAACAAAAGAGAUCUUUUAGAGAAAAGCAGAUUGCUCUAAGGGAUUCCCUGCUGAAACGAAUGAAGAAUUCUAAAUAACAAACCAGAAACAACCAUUGAAGGGAUGAAAGACACUCAAUGUUCAAAUUAUGAGUCAGUUGUGACGUCGUCAUUUACAUGUCCACAUAAUUUUCCUAUUUCCAAGCAGGCACUAUAUCGAUAUAGUGCCUAGUUUUUUUUUUUUCAUUCAUGCCUAUGGGCUUCAGGAAAUAAUUGCUCCUUUCAGCUUCUGUUUUCAUAUAAGGUGGUCCAAACUUUAUUAUAACUAUAUUAAUUAAUAAUUAGGCCCUUUUUAAGAGUUGAUACUAUGGUUAAUAACCAUAUAUACUGUUGGCAAACGCUAGUGUUUUUAAUAAAUUUGCAAGUCACCAAAUA